ACCAAAUUAUUUUUCAGAUUUCUUGGUAUUUUUUUGAUGAAUUCUUCAAAUUUUUUUUUUGCAACUGAUCGUAUUGCUGACUAUCUGCCAUUUCUUUUCGCCUGGUCACCAGUGCUUAAUCCAAUUGUCGUUAUGUACUUUGUAAAAGAUCUGCGUCCUGGCAGGAAUCUAUUAAUUUUCAAAUUAAAGAGUAUCGCUACUGCGUUUCCGAAUAAAACGAAUGCCGGUCAGAACACUAUCUAUUUCUUGCAAAAACCUUCGGAAGGAAGGAAUUCAAACCUGCCGAAAAAUGAUUUUGUUACGAAAGCGAUAACUGCAGUAUCAGGAAUUUAA